CUUCCUGCUCGGCUGAACACGUGGUUCCGUGUCUGCCUCCCCUGCUUGUCUGUCAGUGUGUGAAGGUUUCCAGCCCUUUUCUCACUCCUCUCCUUAUCUCUCCUCCCGUGCAUCACAGCAGACCUUCUCCUCUCUUUACUCCGUCCCGCUCGUACCUCCUCCUCCUCCUCCUCUUCCUCCUGCUGCACUUUGCUCCUCUUUGCGACGGCUCCCGGGACUGCCGACAGCCAGGCCGCGGUCACUUCAACGUGUCUCCGCUCAGUGUGUGUGUGUGUGUGAGUGAAAGUGUGUGUGACAGAGAGUGUGUGUGUGUGUGUGUGAGUGAGUGCGUGUGCGCGCACCCGCCCGCAACCGGUCUAUCCGUGUUAUUUCUCCCACAAUCCCGCCUCGCUCUUCGGUCAUGACGCUGGAAGCGAUCCGCUACCGGGCCGGGUCUCUGCAGAUCCUCAACCAGCUGCUGCUGCCACACCAGACCGCUUACGAUGAGAUCCGCUCGGUGCAGGACGCUUACGAGGCCAUCAAGUCCAUGAAGGUGCGGGGCGCCCCGGCCAUUGCUAUCGUCGGCUGCCUCAGCCUGGCUGUGGAGUUGCGGGCAGGCGCCGGGGGUGAUGACCCUGUGACCUUCAUCAGGGAGUCCCUGUGCCACCUGACCUCAGCUCGCCCCACUGCCGUCAACAUGGGCCGGGCCGCCCGCGAGCUGAUGGAGUUUGCUGAGAACGAGAGCAUGGAAAAGAACUCGGAGCAGCUCAGAGAAAGUGUAAUUGCCUGGAUCGAAGACAUGCUGGAGCGUGACGUCAAUGACAACAGGAAGAUUGGUAACUAUGGUGCCCAGCACAUCCUCUCCGGCGUUCCGAGGGACUCUGUGACCAUCCUCACACACUGCAACACCGGCUCGCUGGCCACAGCUGGAUAUGGGACUGCGCUCGGCGUGGUGCGAAGCCUGCACGCGCUGGGCAGGCUGAAGCGUGUGUACUGCACAGAGACGAGGCCGUACAACCAGGGGUCCAGACUGACGGCGUAUGAGGCGGUAGCAGAGGGAAUCCCUGCCACACUUAUUACAGACAGCAUGGCAGCCCUCACCAUGAGAGAAAUGGACAUCACAGCUGUGGUGGUGGGCGCAGACAGGGUGGUUGCCAACGGUGACACCGCCAACAAGGUGGGCACAUACCAGCUUGCCAUUGCUGCAAAGCAUCAUGGGAUUCCCUUCUAUGUGGCCGCACCCAGCACGUCAUGCGACUUGAGCCUGGAGAGCGGCAGGGACAUCAUCAUCGAAGUGCGCCCCCCUGAGGAACUCACCAGUAUAAAUGGAGUCCCCAUUGCUGCCCCGGGCAUCGAGGUGUGGAACCCGGCGUUCGACGUGACCCCUCACCAGCUCAUCACAGGAGGCAUCAUCACAGAGCUGGGAGUCUUCCUCCCCUCUGAGCUCCAGGCAGCGCUCACCGGCCGCCUCACUGCCCUCUAGAGCCACUCAGCCCCACCUGCUGGUCCGUGUGCACCACUGCACCUUAAUGUCACACACUCAAAGACACUCAUUUCAUCACACAAUACACACACACACACACACACACACACACACACACACACACACAGUCAUAGGUGUGGUUUAGUUUUAUUUUGGUCCACGCACAGUCACUGUAACAUGUCAGUGGUGCACACGCAAGAAAAAAAAAGUUCUUCAGUCUCACCCACACACACACAUAAUCACUGCAGGGAGUUCAGCAGACACACAUGUGCAGUCUCCCCUUUCUUUUAUGUCCCUCUUUGUUUUCUGUGUACUUAACAUUUCACCUUUUCCAAAGUUUUCCGUUCCAUCUUUUAUUCUCUUUUGCCGCCUCUUUCUCUUUCUUAAUGGCUUCUGCGACAACGAAUAGCGCUCAGCUGACCUCAAUCCCAUCAAUUCUAUUUGGCAGAAACAAGUAUUAGGUAAUUUUUCAGGGCUUCUUCAACUACAAACAAAAGAAACUUCCAAAAAGUCUAAGUGGCAGGACUGAUUUUUUUUUUUUUUUUUCAAAGUAGUGUUUUUUUAUCAGCCAUGGUUUCUGAAAUGCUGCUACCCACUUGUAAAUAUGCAUAUUCUUGCUGGUAGUGUGUACAUAUGUAGAAACUAACCCCUGCUAGUAAAAGGUACUGCUAUUUUAACCAAAUAUGUGGUUGACUGAAAUUAAAUUUGACAUUAAAAAAUGUUAUAUUAACAUUUAAUUUCUUUUGUUCUGCAUAGAAAUCUUUUGUAGUGGAGUAAUCCAAAUUUAUAGCUCAUAAAUUUUCACAGCCAGAUUUUUAGUGACAUAAAAAAAAUUGUCACUCUCACUUUUUACCGUGUGUGGCAAAAUUUGGAAUUUCUUGAUUGGUUCUCGUUAGUCAGCUGAAGCCUAUGACAAUACAUGGCUGUAUUUAUACCUCACUCUUUGUUUGUAUCUUGCUAUUUCCAGUCGUACUGUAUCAUACCACGCUUGUAUUCUCAUAAUGUACUUAUAUAUAUGUAACCAUACUUAAUUCAGCACCAUACAAAUAUUCACCAUACUGCACAGGAUGCUCUGUAAGGAUGAAAAAUCAAAAGAAAAAAAGGGAAAUUGUGUCAUUUUUGCCAAAGCAGCUUGUGCUGUGAUCUCAGAGGUCUGUUAUGCUGUUGUAUUUCUGUAAUACAGGCAUCACCAUUAAAGGAAUAGUUCACCCCAAAAUGAAAGCUUGGUCAUCUCCUCACUUGCAUGUCAGUCAAGACUUAAUGCUUGUGCAACUACAAAGUAGAUUAUUCUUGUUCUCUUAAGUCAGGCUGAAAUCAUCAUUUUAGAGCCUAGUAAAAUUAUGAAAUGAUAACUUGAUGUAACCGUAUUUCCUAAAGCACUCUGCUUGCCAUUGAAGGGCUCAAUCAAUCAGCAUCAGAACAAUAUAAGAAAAACUAAAUAUUUGACUUUAAAGCUGCACUAAAUAAUAUUUUUAUAUUAGCAGUGGGAAAAAAAUGACAACAUUAAAUGUGGUGUCGCUCAGAGUGACUGAUCCACAGAGAAUUCUCACUCAAUUCUCCAGCACCAGUGAGCGUUUUAGCUUCUUUCGGCUCAUUGUUUUGGUUUACUGUUUUAAUUCACUUUUACUGCACUCCUCAACUUCUUUUUGUCUUAAAAGAAGCUAUUUUUAGCCAAAAGUUCUGGAAAAAACCCUGUCCAGCACCAGACAGUCACAGUUAAUGAAUUACUUGUUAAUAUUCCCCUCAGGAGAUGGUGGAGACCAAACGAGAGCAAAUAUUGGGCUUACAUUUGUCAGUUGGACACAAAUACGACCCACAAACAAACCCAAACGAUUCAUUUUGUUGCUCUGUGUCCACAGGAUGUGUAAAUAAGCAACUGUUAGCUAACGUGACUGAACGUUAUAAGGUGGAAAUAAGUUGAUGUUGUGUUUACACCUUGUUGCACUGCCCUCAAGUGGCCAAAAAAGAAACUAAUGUAGGUUUACAGACCCAUGCUCUUGACACGCAGGUAUUUGAAAGUGUUUAGAGAAACAAAAUGUAUUCUACUUUACAGAUUAAAAAUAAAGAUGAUUUUAACUUCAGUUACUCAGAAGUUCAAGGGAAAUACGAGGCUCACAAGUGUGUCCAUACACACUUGAUGUGGGGAUGAGCGGUAGAUGACUUCACGUC